CUUCCUCGCGCGCCCGCGAUGGCAGCCACGGCCUCGGGCGACGUCGCCGCCGCCGUGACGACCGACUCCCUCGACCUCAACUUCAACAUCGACGACUUCGACGUCCGAGACCUCGAUUUUUUCGACUUCGGCGACCUUGCCGCCGAUGAGUUCUGCGACGCUUACUCCGCCUUUGUUGCCAACGCAGAUGCCAAGCGCGUCAGCGGCGGCGGCGGUGGCACGGGCACUGGCGGUGGGUGGCUCGCGGGGCUGUCCCUGUCCGGCGGCGACGGCGGCGACGGCGGCGAUGGGAGCCCGGAGGGGUCGCCGGACUCCGUCGUGACGGAUGACGGCCCCCUGGUGGGAGAGGAGGCAAUGUCGGCGGUCGUGGCCGAGCUGGAGCGGUACCUGAUGGAGGACGGCGACGUCGAGGAGGUGUUCUGCGCCGACGGUGACCGGGUGUUGGAACACAUCUGCGUCGACGACUUCUUCGGUGAUAUGCUGGGCAGCGACUUCAAUGGCAUCGUCACGGCGGUGUCCGGUGCUCUCCACAACGGCGGGGAGGAUAAUGAUGACGGCGACGUUCUUGCUGCGCUAGAGCACGAACCGGCCUCGAGGAAGCGCGCAAGGCACAAGAUCAGGGGCACAACCAUGACGCCAUGGUGGGGAGAGCCUGAGGUGACGAGGAGGCAUCUCGCUCGGUUCCAAGUGCCGGCGCCUUGGCCACCAGCUGCGGCUGUCCUCCUGUGUUGCAUGUAGCCUGAUGGCUCAUCACUUGAUCUUGUGGAGCGCUCUGAUGGGGUUGAAAGGUUCGGAAUCAAUAAUUGGGCCGUAUUCAUAUAUCCCCAGUUCAACGGGCACCAGCCUGGACGCGAUGCACCAGCAUUUCGGCUUGCGUUGAAGUACGACAAGCCGGGGGCAGGCUGGGUCGGUCAGGUAGGACAGUGUGUUCAAGCAAAAUUUCAGAAAUCCUUUUUACUUCGUAGAUAAUAGCAACACAAACAAUGGAUCUCCUUGAGCCCCCACCAUUCUUGUGGAGAAAGAAGGAAGAUGAAGAAUAGAGCUUCGGCACAUAUCUAAGAAUCCAUCUGGGGAUUCAGGUUCCCUUUGGUGUGCAGUGAAGUGUUUGACGCAUAGGCAGAGCAGAUCACCUGGAGCUGUUUGUGGAGGCGCAUCAAGCUGGGCACGCGGUGCUUCGUUGCUUUGUAUUUUACUGCACGAAAAAGGGGCAUCCUACUAAUGCAAAUAGGGUUUUCACAAAGUUACGUGAUGGCGUGUAGUGAGAUCGGGCCUGGGCGCGGUGGUCGUUUACCGACGACGCGCCUUUUGGAACAAGG